UCUGAGCUUCAGAUUUCUUCAUACCACAAGAGGAAAAGCCAGUCUGGCAUCGUUUACAACCAGUGAUUUUCAUAAAGUGAACUCUGAUGAAACUACUAACAACAAUGAAGGAGAAAGCAGCAGUGAGAUAGAAGAGCAAGAAUUACAUUUGGAUUAGCCUGGUGAGGCCCAGACUGUUUGACAUUCUCCUGGGAAAGAAGGCCAUUCAACUACCAUCUGAGAACAAAAGAAAAAAUGAGUUCAUUGAAUGUUACCACUACUAUAAAUCCACCCGUCACUAAUACCACCCAAAUAACCACUACUGGAAGUGGAGGCUUCAUUUCCAAUUUGAUCAAUAAAAUUCCAUUACCAAAAUGGGCCUUGAUUGCCAUUGCUGCCGGGGUGGGACUUGUCAUCCUCCUCUGUGUCAUCUGCAUCUGUGUAAAAUGUUGCUGCAGAAAGAAGAAGAAGAAAAAGAAGGAGCAAGUCAACUUAAAAAACCUAAAUGGCUCCACCACUGCAAGCUUGGUGCAGCCAGAUAUGGAUGAUUUGAGUGGAGCUGAGGAAAACCGCGGAAAAUUACAAUAUUCCUUAGAUUAUGAUUUUAAGAAAGAAGAGAUUACUGUUGGAAUUAUACAAGCAAUGGACUUAAUGGCCAUGGACCUUGGAGGAACGUCUGAUCCUUAUGUUACCGUGUAUCUUCUCCCAGAAAAGACGCAGAAAUUCGAAACUAAAGUCCACAGGCGGACCUUAAAUCCUAUCUUUAAAGAACGCUUCACCUUCAAGACUAGCCAGGCUGAAAUAGCUGACAAGACUGUGGUGAUGCAGGUAUAUGACUUCAACAGAUUCUCCAAGCAUGACAUAAUUGGUGAAGUGAGAAUCCCACUUAACACAGUUAAUCUGAACCACGUGGUUGAAGAGUGGCAGGAUCUAACCCGUGCAUUAAAGGAUGAGCAAGUGAAACUUGGUGAUAUCUGCUUCUCCCUCCGUUAUGUUCCCACUUCGAACAAGUUGACGAUUAUAAUUUUAGAAGCCAAGAACCUGAGGAUAAUGGAUAAAGAUGGUUUAUCUGACCCCUAUGUGAAGAUACGUCUGAUGCUCAAUAAGAAAAAGCUUAAGAAAAAGAAGACAACAGUUAAAAAGAACACCUUGAAUCCAUAUUUCAAUGAGUCCUUUACCUUCGAUGUAACCUUUGAAGAAAUACAGAAAGUACAGUUAGUGAUCUCUGUGUGGGAUCAUGAUAAGCUGUCAAAGAACGAUGCCAUUGGAAAGUUAUUUCUUGGUUGUGAUGCUACAGGAAAUCAGCUACGCCACUGGUCCGACAUGCUGGCCAAUCCCAGACGACCAAUAGCGCAAUGGCACACUCUGCAACCCAAGGAGGAAGUGGACAAAGCACUCAAAGCACUUGGGAUGAAAUCUCGUUUCCAAAUUUUCUAGUGUAUUGACCCUAUUGAAACCAAUAUAAUUUCUACCCUGUCAUAAAUUAUAAACUUAGCUGUUUCAGAUAAAUCUGUACACCUUUGCUAAGAAACACUCCUGAUCCAGCUGUGUUCUAAGAACUGAAUCAAAGUGAACAAGGUGAGAUGUAUUACAUUACGACCUCAAACUAUCUGAAAGCACAACAGAGAAUGCAAUAUAAAUACAAUAUAUUUACAACUUUAUAAUCCUUAUUAUACUGGUAAAGCUUAUUCCAUUACUGGGUGCAGUGCAGUUCAGAAACCCUGAAUACUUGGCAUUUUUUUCACUGUCCUGGAAUAUGCAACUAAAUUGAAAUAAAUAGAAGACAGUGGAUUGUUUGGAAUGUACACCUUAAUUGAAGUAUUUUAUAUUUUAACAUUGAUUGAUUUAUAUUUAUCCUUUGGUUCCUUACAUCAAAUUACUACUUCAACGGAUCAUUAUUUUCAUGAUUUCAGUUUAAUCGUACAUAAAAUAAUGAUACUAACAGGUCUCCCUCGUAGUGGUAGACUAAGUGGAUCCAAUUUGAAUCUGGUCUUUGAUAUAGGUGAACCAACUGAUCUCCAGGACAGCAGUUGGAACAGUGUUCGGGAGAGUGUAAAAAAUUAUCCAGAGUUUUGGUUUUGGGCAAUAUCCACUGGCCAUUGCUAGAAAAUGUGUAGGUGGAUGUCAGCUCUGCCAUGAUGUACUUCACAUUUGAUAAUUUCUAAGGGCUUCUUAAAAACUGUUUAAUUAACCAAGAUAUUGAAGGCUUCAUGCAUCUUUGACAAUGAUAAUAAAUUGACGGAGACUCCAAAAAUCCAUGGGAUGUUGCAGAGGUCACUUGUCAACAGGAGAUCAAAAAAGCCCAUGAACAAAAGCCAGAACCAAGUUCCAUGGGUUUGUGACAAUUUCUGAAGAUUUUUAAUCGACCAGUAUAUGCCCUUAACAAGGUAAAGGUUCUAGGAUGAGAAAGGGGCAGGUGUGAAGGCUACGAAUAGAAUUGGAUGCUGGGGCUUCCUGUGCCUAGCAGUUUGGCUGGUUCAGUCAGUAUCUGGCAGAUCUCUGCAUCAGAAAUGAGUGAGUGUGAAAUGGAAUAUCAUCUUCCAGAUGACCAAAGAAAAGCAGCCAGGACCAAAUGGAAGAACAGAAUUUUGAAAAUAAUUGAUUUAAUUUACAAUUCUUUAUUUUCCAUGACUAAUUACAAGUGAAUUAUUUUUAUGUAACUAACCACCUAGCAAAUUAAUGUUUCCUUUAGUUUAUAUGCUCUCCUUUAAUUGCACAAUUUCUGAUCUUUACUCAUUUUAAUCAAUGCUUGUUAAUGCUUUCUUCUGAAGUAUUGAAGAAGUUCUUUAACAUGGUCUUCUACUUUGCUGUAUUUUCACAUAGUUUGAACUAAAGAUUCAGCAUGUUGCUUCUCAUUUUAACUUAUUUACCUUUUCCCUUCACCUCAUUAAGUUUCCCAUAAGAUACAAGUUUUUUAGAAGCCCAGCCUUAUCUUCUGAUUCGUGGCAAUAUCUUGCACAUUUACCUUGACUUUGGACCUGAAUUUUUCAAUAAUAAUUUCAGUUAAAUGGUUCAGGGAAAGAUUGUCCUUUACUAUGAUGGAUUAUAUGUGAGCUGAAUUCUACAGACAAACCAAAUGUGAUUUCCUUUGCCAUCAAGACUGCAUUUGACUGAGUGAUAUAUCAAGGAGUCCCAGUAAAAAUAGACUCAAUAGGAAUUGGAGGAACUCUCUCCACUGGUUGGUGCAUACCUGGCACAUUGAAAGAUGGUUGUGAUUGUUGGAGGUCAGUCAUCUCAGUUCCAGGACAUCACUGCAGGGGUUCCUCAGGAUAGUGUUCAACAUCCAACCGUCUUCAGCUGCUUCAUCAAUGACCUUCCCUCCACCAUUAGGUCAGAAAUGGGCAAGUUCAUUGAUGAUUUCACAAUGUUCAGCAUGAUUCAGACAUCCUCAGAUACUGAAACUAACCAUGUUCAAAUGCAGUGAGACCUGGGCAAUGUCUAGCUUUGUACUGAUGAGUAGCAAGCAACAUCUACACCACACAAAUAUUCAUCUACAAGGAAAGAGAAUAUAUCCAUCACUCCUUGACAUCCAAAAGCAUUAUGAUCACUGUAUGACCCAUAGUGAUGGGUAUCAACUAUCAACAGCCUUUUGAUUACCGUUAAUGAGAAAUUAAAUUGGACUAGCCAUAUAAAUUCAGUAGCUAGGUAUCCUGCAAAAAAUAACUUGCAUCUUCCAUCUACAAGUCACAAGUCAGGACUGUGAUGGAAUAUUCUCCACUUGCCUGGAUGAGUGCAGCUCCAACAACACUCAAGAAGCUUGACACCAUCCAGGACAAAACAACCCACUUAACCGGAACUAUAGCUACAAAUGUUUACUUCUUCCAGCACUGUGCUGAGUAGCCACACUGCAGACAUUCACCAAAGCUUCUUGGAUAGCACCUUCCAAAUUCGUGAUCACCAUCAUCUGGAAUGACAAGGGUGGUAGAUAUAUGGGAACACCGACAUCUGCAUGUUCCCCUCCAAGCCACCCACCUGACUUGGAAACCUAUCACUGUUCGUUUAUGUCACAAGAUUAAAAUCCUGGAACUCCUUCCCUCGUGAUAUUGUGGGUCUACCUCCUCCAAAUAGACAGCAACAGUUGAAGAAGGCAGUCCCUCACCAUCACCUUCUCAAUGGCAGCUAGGAACAGGCAAUAAAUGCUGACCCAGCCACAUCCUACAUGGUACCAAAUCGCAUGAAUGAAUAAUUUAAAAAUGUUGUGCCCUUGGACUUCUAUCUACUGCAGUUGGAAUAAUAUUUGAAUGUAUGUAUAAUCAGUUGUGAUUAUAUAUUUUGGAAUAGUUCUUAUAAUCCUGGAAAAAGUUCCUCAUCCAUCCCUUUUAUAUCAGAAUUGCCAUUACUAUCAAAGAAAAGUCCUAUUAAUCUUCAUAAAGUAACCUUGACAUGUAUUGAAACUGUUAGGUUUCUAGUUUCAUGGGAGAAUUUCUCAUGUUCCCGUUGUGAACAUAAUUCACACAUGAAAGACUUUUAACAGUGUUUAAAACAAAUCCCAAUGGAGGCACCAUUCUAAAAUAAAAAGAUUAGUGCAUAAGUAAAAAACUGACUGUUGCGCUUUGUAUUGGGCAGAGCUUCAGUAUCCUAGGGUCAAGGAAGGCAAAUAUGAAGCAAGGGUUCUAUUGGCAUUGACACUGGUGUAAUAAAUGGGUACA